AUGUCUGAGUGUCAUAAUGGUCCUGACACUGGCACUGAUGAUGUGUUUGUGGGUAAACUCUUCCGCUGGAAUCCCAAGACGGAAGAACGCAUUGAGCCACUGGUCAUUGACAGCUGCGACGAAGUCUUUAUCGGGCGAGACACAUCAACAUGCCAGUACUCAAGCAACCAUAUGUUUGUGUCAAGCAAGCAUGUGCGGAUCUACACGGUCAUUUACGAUGAAUAUUCAUCUGACACCGUACCUCCGCUCGUAUAUGCUCAAGACAUAUCAACUAAUGGAACUCGCUGGAAUGGCUACGCGAUGCAAGGGAAGAGUUUCCUCCUGAGCGAUGGCGAUAUCCUAACGAUCGUGCCUGAGUUUCAGCUGCUGUUUGAAUCCGCCGCGAACCCGCAGAAGAACUUUUCUGAAUGGCAAAAAGCAGAGAUGAAGGUGUUCAAGAGCAGCUACUGCGUCACGCGACGAGAGCUGGGCUCUGGUGCAUAUGGAAGAGUCCAAAUGGCUUACCAGAUCGCUACCGGACAGCAGAUUGCCUGCAAGAUCGUUGACAUCAAAAGUUCUAAGGCCAAGUGUGAGCUAGAGCUGCAGCAGGAACUUAAGCAUACAAAGCUUGGCCCUUCUGCACAACGAGCCGCUCUGUACAGACUGAAAAGCAUCGACGAGAAGCUUGAGAGGUAUUAUCGCGAGGCUCAGCUCCUUGAGACCCUGUCCCAUCCGAACAUCAUCAGCUUCGAGACAGCGAUCCACUCUCCCAAUACGAUUUACAUCUUCAGUGAACUUGUGACUGCGGGCGAUCUGGUUUCUUUCCUCCGGUACAGAGGAGGGACCCUCAAGGAGCGCGAGGCCGCAUUUAUCACUCGCCAAGUUCUGCUCGCCAUUGAAUACCUGCACGACAGAGAUAUCGUACACAGAGACAUCAAGCCAGACAACAUCCUGAUUACUUCACUGGGACAGUGCGGUCGGAUUGUCUUGACAGACUUCGGAUGCGCCAGAAGGGUACCUCAGCCUGUCGAGCGGAUGCAAACCGUCACUGGCACGUACGAAUACUGCGCUCCUGAGGUGAACUCGGCCAACAACGCAGGAUACAGCAAGUCUAUUGAUCUGUAUUCGCUAGGUUGUGUCACCGUGACUUUGCUGAUGGGAUUCUUACCUACGCGGGAACCGCACAGACGAUUCGACCGCAAUGGAGACGAGCAGAAAGGCCUAACCAAGGAGUUGAAUCAGAAUCGAAUAACUGGAUUUCCCCAACAAUUCAUUAAGGAACUGCUCAUCCUCGACGAGAAACUGCGCUUGAAUGUGAAGCAGGCUCUGCGUCACAAUUGGUUCGAAUUCCUCCCCGAAAGAGAUGAGCUGGAAUGUCGUUAUCAGGUAGCUGUUGACCAAUGGAUUCCACGACCCCGUUCUGAUCCAUCGAUUGUUACGCUUGCCGACCUUGAAGCUUUUCAGAAUUCCGCUGGUCAGGCUUACACUCUCUACACCAGGCCCGGAGAGAGACUCCAGAACUACAGACUUUUCGAGAUCAACACUCAUAUCCCUGACUUGUCUUUCACCAGAACUCCAAUUCAAGCCAUAAUAACGAUGCCAACGAACGCAGAGAAUUGUGCGCCCCCUUCUCGUCAGCAGGAAGAUGUCCCUUCAGUACAAGGAGGACAUCAUGCUUGUCUUAGAGUCUGGUCACCACCGAGUGCCUCGAGCAGUCUGUUCUCAUCUCGCCAUGAGGAAGACGAUCAUGCAGAACUGAUUCACCGUACUAAAAAAGUUCCUGGAUACCUGAAUGUCGACGAGAACCAACCAAUGGAGCGCUCAGUAAGUCACCCCCGCAGAAUCGCAGAGGUGACCAAGGAAAAGUUCGUGAGCCAGAUCGGUCAUAUGGGACCAGUGCAGUUAGCCUUCGAGCCUGCUCCCCCACCUGAUUCUCACCGACGAGAUGAAGAUCUCCUCGGUCUUUCCGAGCGUCUCACUCAGAAGCCGCGAUUCCCCUCGAAUGACAGUCUGUUCUACAUGGAAAUGGAAGGUGAACCAGUGCGCCGCUCUGCACCCCCUGAAAGUACAACGUCGAUGCGCUACCCUGGAAGUAUUGCCCCCACCGAAAAACUACGAUUCCCUCAAGGCAAUGACUAUUCCUUCACAAUGGGAGCUGACUUCUCCAGCUCGCCCGCACCCCCGGCAUUACCGAGAUUCCUCGAUACCCAUCCGGCGUUACCUCAUUCUUUGGAAUGGCGGCUGACAAGUCGCACAACUCUGCACCCGCAGUCACCAGUGCCAUGA